UGGAGACCAAGAAUGAACAUAGAUCGAAAUUCAAUUGAAUCUUAAUUUCUUUUCCACCAAACCGCGUGGAAUCCAUUUAAUAGAUUACAUUCGAUUCUGCUCAAUCGGGCCCAUGAAAACCCUCCUUAUCUACCGAUUACACACCUGAAACAUAGUAACAUACCUCCGACAAUCAUCGAUAUCUUAAUUUAUGGAACCUAGCGCCCUACAGAAGUCGAUGGAGAAGGCAAUGAGCAUCUGCAAGAAAGAAUCUGAAGACGAACAGACAACAAAAAAAAGAAAGGAAAAGAAGGUUGACUGGUUUGUAUUUCUCACAGAUGACAUCCUUUUAGAUAUCCUUACAAGGCUCCCUUAUGGUUCCCUUCGUUAUAUGGCUAAGUAUGUCUGUAAACGAUGGCUGGAUCUACUCAGUAACAUGAAAUUGCUAGACCAUGCUUCUUUUAUCCUCCAGAAGACGGGAAACUUGACAGCACGUCAUGUGGAUAUAAGGGAAGAAGGAGAAGGGCUACAAGUGAAAGUGCAAGAUCUUGACAUACCUCGCAUAGGCAUGAUAAGGUGUUGGGAUCACGAGUUUCUUCUGAUAUCAGAGUACAAAGAACGAAAAGUAUCUCUGUAUGUUUAUAAUAUAAUCACCAAGGAAGGAUCAUAUCUUCCAGAAUUUAAAUUUAAUGCAUCAUAUGGAGGAUAUUGUAUAAACAAAUGUGGAUUUGCACUUUCUUUCGAUCGGUUUAAAGGGAAUAUACAAGGUGGUUCACUUGUUUAUGGGGCCACCAAAUGAAUGUCAUGUUCUUAUCUCGAGAAAAGAUAUUGCUUCUCCCAAGUGGAAAAAGUUCCAAGUUCCUUGUAUGAAUUCACAGAAGAUAUCUUGUUUCAACGCGGUUUCAGUUCAGGGCAGGUACUUUCACUGGAAUGUUCGUUGUGAUCAGCAGCGCCUGAUUUCCAUAGAUAUGAUGAAAGAGGAAAUUGUCGAAAUCAGUCUACCUUUACCUGAUGGUGGUAAUGGAUUCUAUACUAUUUUUGAGAUGGGUGGUUCCCUUGCUCUCUUUGCUGGAGAUACUCGGGAUACAGCUGAUAUAUGGACUCUUAAAGAUUUUGAGAGGAAGAAGUGGGAGAAGUUGCAGUAGUUACUCUUGAGAAUUGGUGCUGCAGAAGAUUUCCUGUCUGUGGGGUGAUGAGUAACAAAUAUAUCAUCCUGGAUUGUAAAGUGGAGGGGUAUGUGCUAUUAUGAUCUGAAAAAUGGAGUCGUGAAAAAACUAGACAUCUAUAUUGACGUUGAUGAUGGUUGCGUGGUCCAUUCAUCACCACCAAGUUCUUAAAUAAUCUAACAUGCACCAUAAAACAGGAGGGAGGAGGAGCUAUUGCCCUUUAGUUCUAUUUAUUAAUGGAUGACGUACGUUACAUGAUGAUGUAAGAAACUAAUCAUGCUUAAUUAAUUAGUUCUACUCUGCUGUGCUUUCUUUC